AUGGGCAAAGGUGUAAAGAUCCUCCGACCUGGAGUGUAUGCCCCGGUGUUGACGCCUUUUAGCAAUGACAUCCGGCAAGACCUUGAGCUGGAGGCGUUUCGUGCUGGUGUCCUCAGGUUGGCGCAAGCAGGAGUCGGGCUCAUAUUGAGUGGCACCCUAGGGGAGGGAAAUUUGCUUUCCAGGUCCGAGAAAAGUGCACUGGUCAAGGGUGCCAAAGAGGUCCUGAGACAAAAUGAUCUCGAAACUGAUGUGCCCAUCAUUGCCGGCGUGGGUGCGGGCAGUUUUAGAGAGACAAUUGAGGCCGCCAAAGACGCCGCUGCCGAGGGAGCUCACGCUGUAAUUGUCGUUGCACCGGGGUAUUAUUCCUUCGUUUUCGGGAAGGACAAGCAAGCCCUGAAAGAGUUCUUCAUUGCCGUUGCUGAUGCCAGCCCCGUCCCGGUCCUGCUAUACAAUAUUCCCUUUGCAUCCGGAGGAAUCGACCUGGAUGCUGAUUUCCUCAUCGACAUUUCUGGCGUGAAGCUUACCUGCUUUAACAUCUCCAGGGGCCAUCGGGUGGCACUGCAUGUCAAUUCUGCAGAAUAUCGAAGCAGACAUACGUCGCCUUUUCUGGUCUUGCCCGGGUCCACCGAUUAUAUGCUCCCCGCGCUGGUUGCUAGACAGCAUGGAUGCAUUGGGGGCCGAGCGAACCUGUACCCGAAAGUUUGCAUGAAGCUGUUCCGAUUGGCAACUGAAGCAAUCGAGUCUGGGGACUUUGACAAGUUUCGAGAAGCACAGCAAUUGCAGGACUUGGUGACGAUGGCGGACUCUCAUAUCAACCGAGUGGGCUUUCUCGGUAUCAAAUCGGCCAUGGAUAUCCAUGCGAGAACAGAAUCGGCAAAUGUCAAGCUUGGAGGAGAUUUCAGACGACCAUUGCCUCGGACGAAUGAAUUUGUCUUGCAGAAUAUGUCGGAAGGUCUGCGCGAGAUCUUCGCGAUGGAAAAUUCUCUGUAG